AUGGCAGUGUCCGCGGUGCAACGGAUUCGAACAGCUGACGGAGCCAGUGCGGCUGGACGGAAAAGCACGGCGAGCAGGGAGCGCUUGAAGCGCAGCCAGAAGAGCGCCAAGGUGGAGGGGCCGGAGCCCGUGCCGGCCGAGGCCUCGCUGAGUGCCGAGCAGGGGACGAUGACGGAGGUGAAGGUGAAGACAGAGGUGCCCGACGACUACAUCCAGGAGGUGAUCUGGCAGGGCGAGGCCAAGGAGGAGAGCAAGGCGGCCAGCAAGGAUGGGACCGGCGACGUGCCCGCCGAGAUCUGCGUGGUGAUCGGCGGCGUCCGCAACCAGCAGACCCUCGGGUCCUAUGAGUGUGGAAUCUGUGGCAAGAAGUACAAGUAUUACAACUGUUUCCAGACCCACGUACGCGCACACCGAGACACUGAAGCCACCUCAGGGGAGGGAGCCUCCCAAGGCAACAAUUUCAGGUACACGUGCGACAUCUGCGGCAAGAAGUACAAGUACUACAGCUGCUUCCAGGAGCACCGAGACCUGCACGCGGUGGACGUGUUUAGUGUGGAAGGGGCCCCCGAGAAUCGGGCAGACCCCUUCGACCAAGGCGUCGUGGCCGCUGAAGAGGUGAAGGAGGAACCCCCGGAACCAUUCCAGAAAAUCGGGCCAAUGAACAAUAUUACAUCAGAAAUUUUUAAGAAGAAAGAAGUUAGGCAGACCCAAAAGAGAGAAACCGGCAAUUACACCUGUGAAUUCUGCGGAAAGCAGUACAAGUACUACACGCCCUACCAGGAGCACGUGGCCUUACACGCCCCCAUCAGUACCGCCCCCGGGUGGGAGCCACCGGACGAUCCAGACACGGGCUCUGAGUGUUCACAUCCAGAGGUCUCCCCGUCUCCACGCUUCGUGGCCGCGAAGACCCAGACGAACCAGUCGGGGAAAAAAGCUUCGGCCUCCGUGGUCCGAUGCUCCACCCUCUUACACCGCACUCCUCCAGCCACCCAAACCCAGACGUUCCGCACUCCAAAUUCAGGAUCUCCAGCAAACAAGGCAACCUCAGCAGAAAGCGCUUUCAGUCGGAGGGUAGAGAGCAAAGCACAAAACCACUUUGAAGAGACGAACAGCAGUUCCCAAAACUCCAGCGAAACGGCAAGUCCCCUGAUUUCCAAUACUUUCCCUCUCCUACAGAAACCCUACACGUGUGGCGCCUGUGGGAUCCAGUUCCAGUUCUACAACAACCUGCUGGAGCACAUGCAGUCCCACGCGGCGGACAACGAGAACAACAUCACCUCUAACCAGUCCCGGUCGCCACCUGCUGUUGUGGAAGAGAAGUGGAAACCCCAGGCCCAGAGGAACAGUGCCAACAACACCGCGGCCAGUGGUUUAACCUCCAACAGCCUCAUCCCUGAGAAGGAGCGGCAGAACAUCGCAGAGCGGCUGCUGCGGGUCAUGUGCGCCGACCUGGGAGCGCUGAGCGUGGUGAGUGGGAAGGAGUUCCUGAAACUGGCCCAGACGCUGGUGGACAGCGGCGCCCGCUACGGGGCUUUCUCCGUCACCGAGAUCCUGGGCAACUUCAACACGCUGGCGCUGAAGCACCUGCCGCGCAUGUAUAACCAGGUGAAGGUGAAGGUGACGUGUGCCUUGGGCAGCAACGCCUGCCUGGGCAUCGGCGUCACCUGUCACUCGCAGAGCGUGGGCCCCGACUCCUGCUACAUCCUCACUGCCUACCAGGCCGAGGGCAACCACAUCAAGAGCUACGUGCUGGGCGUGAAGGGCGCGGACAUCCGCGACAGCGGCGACCUGGUGCACCACUGGGUGCAGAACGUGCUGUCAGAGUUCGUGAUGUCGGAGAUCAGGACAGUGUACGUGACGGACUGCCGGGUGAGCGCGUCCGCCUUCUCCAAGGCCGGCAUGUGCCUCCGCUGCUCAGCCUGUGCCUUGAACUCGGUGGUGCAGAGCGUGCUGAGCAAGCGGACGCUGCAGGCCCGCAGCAUGCACGAGGUCAUCGAGCUGCUCAACGUGUGCGAGGACCUGGCGGGCUCCACCGGCCUCGCCAAGGAGACCUUCGGGUCGCUGGAGGAGACCUCGCCGCCGCCCUGCUGGAACUCGGUCACGGACUCGCUGCUGCUGGUGCACGAGCGCUACGAGCAGAUCUGCGAGUUCUACAGCCGGGCCAAGAAGAUGAACCUCAUCCAGAGCCUCAACAAGCACCUGCUCAGCAACCUGGCGGCCAUCCUGACGCCGGUGAAGCAGGCGGUCAUCGAGCUGAGCAACGAGAGCCAGCCCACCCUGCAGCUGGUGCUGCCCACCUACGUCCGGCUGGAGAAGCUGUUCACGGCCAAGGCCAACGACGCGGGCACGGUCAGCAAGCUGUGCCACCUCUUCCUGGAAGCCCUCAAGGAGAACUUCAAGGUGCACCCGGCGCAUAAGGUGGCCAUGAUCCUGGACCCGCAGCAGAAGCUGCGGCCUGUCCCGCCGUAUCAGCACGAGGAGAUCAUCGGCAAGGUGUGUGAGCUCAUCAACGAGGUCAAGGAGUCCUGGGCGGAGGAGGCCGACUUCGAGCCGGCCGCCAAGAAGCCGCGCUCCGCCGCCGGCGAGAACCCCGCCGCUCAGGAAGACGAUCGGCUGGGCAAGAACGAGGUGUACGAUUACCUGCAGGAGCCCCUCUUCCAGGCCACCCCCGAUCUCUUCCAGUACUGGUCGUGCGUUACCCAGAAGCACACGAAACUCGCCAAGCUGGCCUUCUGGCUCCUCGCGGUGCCGGCCGUGGGGGCCAGGAGCGGGUGUGUAAAUAUGUGUGAACAGGCGCUUCUCAUCAAAAGGAGGCGACUGCUCAGCCCAGAAGAUAUGAACAAACUCAUGUUUCUGAAAUCCAACAUGCUUUAAGACUUCCGCUUCCGAACAGAAGGGAAGCAAAAGAGAACGGUAGGAAAAGAAUACACAACACUGUCGCAAACAAAGGAAAGGAAUUUUAAGUUCUAAACACUGUGGACCUCAUUCUC